UUUAGUAUCUUUUUAAUUAGAUUAAAUAUUGGCUAAAUAGAUACUUAUUAUUGAAAAGAUUUUUUAAGAAAUUUAAUUUUAGUCUAUUCCCUGUAGUCAUUCCAUGGAUUCCUUUGGGCAGCCCAGACCAGAAGAUAACCAGUCAGUAGUCAGCAGAAUGCAAAAGAAAUACUGGAAAACUAAACAGGUCUUUAUCAAAGCAACAGGGAAAAAGGAGGAUGAGCACGUGGUGGCAUCUGAUGCUGAGCUGGAUGCUAAACUUGAGGUUUUUCACUCCAUUCAAGAGACAUGCACUGAACUUCUGAAGAUAGUUGAGAAAUAUCAGCUAAGACUCAAUGUUAUAUCAGAGGAAGAAAACGAACUAGGGCUCUUUUUAAAGUUCCAAGCAGAACGGGACACAACGCAGGCUGGCAAAAUGAUGGAUGCCACUGGCAGGGCACUCUGUUCUUCAGCCAAGCAAAGAUUGGCCCUAUAUACUCCCUUGGUUCGUCUUAAGCAAGAAGUAGCAACAUUCAGCCAAAGGGCUGUAUCUGAUACUUUGAUGACAAUUAAUCGGAUGGAACAGGCGCGCACAGAAUACAGAGGAGCUCUGCUGUGGAUGAAAGAUGUAUCCCAAGAACUGGACCCAGACACCUUAAAACAAAUGGAAAAAUUCAGAAAAGUACAGAUCCAAGUGAGAAAUAGCAAAGCUUCUUUUGACAAGUUAAAGAUGGAUGUUUGUCAGAAAGUGGAUUUACUUGGAGCUAGUCGCUGCAAUAUGUUAUCUCAUUCACUCACUACCUACCAGAGAACACUACUUGGAUUCUGGGAGAAAGCAGCUCAGAUGAUGUCCCAAAUCCAUGGAACUUACGCUGGCUUUCAUCCAUUUGAUUUUGUAGCUCUCAAGCAACUACAAGAUUCUCCAAGCAAGCUUACUGAGCACCAUAAAGAAGAACAAAUAGAAAAUGAUUGUCUCACUGAAAACCUCAAUAAGUUAGUUUUGUCAGAUGAGGAAAUGAGCUUGGGAAGUGAACCAGUUGCAGAAGAUUUACCACUAGAUUCAUUGGAAGAUGAUUUUGAGAAGGAAUUCUCAUUUCUGAACAGCCUCCUAAGUCCUGGUUCUUCGAGAGCUAUGGAAUUUUCCCAGGAAUGCCAGGCUGCCUUUGGGAGCCCCCAGGCCAGUCUCACAUCCCAGGAGCCUUCGGUGGGGUCUGAGCCUCCUGCCCACUCUUCACAGUUCCUACCUUCGCAGCUCCUUGACCUUGGCCUUCGUGCUGCGGGAGCUUUCAACAGCUGGGCCUCCCAAGGAGGAUUAGAACUUCCUCUUUCACACACUGAUAACCAGCCAGUGCCUUCUGAGAGUCCAAAGAAAUUAACAAAAUCUCCCAACAGUGGUAAUCAAGACAUGUCUGCCUGGUUCAGUCUGUUUGCAGACUUAGAUCCACUUUCCAACCCAGAUGCUAUUGGACACUCAGAUGAUGAGCUUCUGAAUGCUUGACUUAGGUUACGAUGUCACUACAAUGGCCUUGAGACAUCAAUUUUGCAACAUACUAUCUUUGGGGAAAGGAGUUUAUAUUGUCAUCCAUAUACAAAAGUAUUAUGUUUGAGUAUUUAGCACUUGACAACCAACUUUAAGACAGAUGGUAAGGACCACAUUUUAAUAAUUAUCUCUUAAAAUCUUGGCUUUGCAGGUGUUGAUAGUAUGUGGAAAAUAUUAGAAACUAUUGAGUCUGAAAUAGAUACUAAAACUUAUUUCAAAAUAACAAUUUCAUCAGUAGGAGUUGGGUUUGUUUGUUUGGAAAGCCUUUUUUAUGUAAGUUGCCUUGCUAGUUAUGAGAAUUCUAUAGGAGGAUAAAGGACAGUAUGUAAACUGGGUUGUGAUUUGGGGUUGGUUUUUAAAUAAAACAGUGGCAGGGGGAAUUUUCUGUCAUGGAAAACAGCACUAGAACCAGACUAGUUUUGUCUUUAGUUAGAAAGAUAGAGUAAGAUUUGAAAACUCAAUUUGCUUUAGUGAAAUUACAGAGAAACUUGGUGCUUUUUCUUCACCUGGAGACUGAUAUGUAAUAUUACUUAGCUUUUUUUUCUUCAUACAAAAUCCUGGGUACCACCCCCCAUUUCAUUAUUGAAUUUUCUUGGGGAAGUAGCAGGUUGAUUCAUUUGCUAAGUCUGUCCUCAAAAACAGAAAAAUUUCUCUUCCCAUCUCAUAAACUACAAGAAUGUCCAAUAAUAUUCAAGACAUUGUGCAGGUGUCUCCAAGCCUGGUUCUUCACACAUUCCUACCAUAAUGUACCAUAUUCAUAUUCUUCCUGGAAAGAAAAUAAGGGGAGGACACGCCCUGAGCAACUGGCAGUGGUGUUCCUGAAAUUACCCACAAGCGUCUGUCUGAGUGAGGGGAGAUUUCCAAACAACUUGCCCUCAUACAGAUUUGCACUUAACCCAUACUGCUUGAUGUGAUUUAAACCAGAAUACUUUCUGGCAGUUACAGAAAGCUCUGUACCAUCGUAAGGGAGUGUCUUAUUUUCCCACUUUUCUGUGGGGGACAUCAUCUGAGACUUUGAUUACUAAGGACAAACCUACCCUUAGAAGGUUUAGAGUGUAAGUACUGGAGAGAAGGCAAUUUAAUGAAAACAGCCACUGUACACACAGUCACUCAGUUUCCUAUUCUUUUUUUCCUGCCCACCCUUUAGUUUUGAGGCAGUUCUCCAGGUGCCUUGUCUUUGUCAUCCAGUCCAUUGCAUCUGCAUAAGAAAACGUUUAACUAAGAUGUUCACAGUAGUUUCCAUUGUACUCCUAGUUCCAAACAGGCUUACAUAUUAUUUACAAGAGAAUCAUGGGUAAUGUCUGAGUCACUGUAUAUAGAAAAACAUUUUUUUUUAGCAACAGACCAGAGCAGAUAAAAUGAAGUCUGCUUCCCGUCCACAGCAAUCUGGCCCAACUACGACCUGAAUCGCCCACAGCUCUUCAGAAGAGCAAGGAGUGUGUAGGCAUGGACUCAGGAAAAGGUUAUGUAAAUCUUUCCUUAAAAUAGUUUCACAUGUUCAUUCCUAGUUCUUAUCUGGUGAUUCCUUAAGAAGCAUUUUUUAACUCGUCCUUUUUAUUCACUGAAAUUCCCUAGAAUGCAGUACUGUCAUUGUUCUGCCAUGAUUAUGGUUACGAAUCAGUCUAAAUUCUAUCCCAUGAUCACUCUGCUCUCAACUCUGAAUACCUCAGAAAAGUCACUUUAUGCCUUUAGUUUAUGCCAUUUUUCUUUCAUUAAUUUUCACUAAUCCAUUAGUUCAAAAAUAUUUGGACAGCUUCCUCACACACAUACAAGGCAGCUCUUGCUCUCGUAUGAACAGACAUAUUCAGUGCAGAAGGAGAAUCACUAGCCUCUCAAAGCCAGAAGCCCAAAUCCCAUGAAUGUGAAGGGGAUCCUGCCCUCAAUUUCCCAAGAGCAAAGGUUAUCAAAAAAUAGAUGCUUACAAGGAUUUUUAUUAUUUCUUAGUUUCUCUAACAUUUUCUCUUUCAACAGAGUAUGUAGCUGCCCGUUCAACCCCAAAGCAACAUUACCUGCCUUAGCAAGUCGUUAUAACUUAAGCAAGUCUCACAACUCCAUUUUUGAAGUGCACAUUUAAAACCGUUACUAAAAUGAAGGUAACUAUAUUUUCUCAAGAUUAGUUAUAUGAAGCUCAAUCAUUAAUUUAAGGCCAGAAACAGAAAGCUGGCUAUAUCACACCUAAAUCGCUAAAACAGGAAACCAAGCACAUAUUCAGUAGGGAGUAAAGGGGAGGACAGGAUAAACACAGAACAGAGGGGUGGGAGGGGUGGUCAGUUGCUGUUUGGUUAAAUCUAGACCAACCAUUCAAUAAGUAAAUUAAUUAACCUUAACCAAGUGUGGGCUGAGAACAACUCUUUCCAAAUAAAUGGAUGCUUUUUAUAUUAAAUGGGGGAAAAUACCUAUCUUAUACUUUUAAACACUAAAUAAGUAUGCAUUUAAACUUAGAAAAGCCCCAGAAGAACUAAAAUUUGCCUAAUCUUCUUCAACCACUUUAUAAGAAAGGCAGGAAUACCAGGGCAGAUUAAGAUCAGAUUGGUGUAACUUGGUAUUUUUUGAAAUCUUUCAUUAAUUGUAAAUGACAUGGUUAGAAAAAAACUGUAUUUUAACAAAACAGGUUUCAGUAUUUGCACAAUGAAACAAGUGUUUGUAUUUCAGUGGAUAUUUCAGAUAACUCUCUUCAUAGACCAUCUGGAAAUGGAGAGGUCUUACAGCAUAAGAACAAAGGAAGUUGAAUGUGCCAUUUUUCUGAGCCUCUUUUAAUAAAGAUUACAAGAUGGCAUAAAACGAAGUAUUUCCUAAAGUGUUCAAUACAAAUCCAAUUACUGUCUCCCUAUUCAAAAACAUGGGUUUUACCUCAGGACCACAGUAAUAAGAAGGUAGUUUGAAUACAUACAGAUACUACAGAAUGAAAGUAAAACAGGGCAAUUAAUAUCAUUGUGAGACUGACUCUAAUUUACUGAAUUACUUAGAGUCUGUCUAGUUUACAGGACGGACUCGUAAGAUAUGGGAUACAACAGAAUGUGUGUUCUGUGUGUGAAUACUCAAAGUAACAGAAUAUAAACUAUUAAAGAGCAAAAAUUUGAGCCUAGAAGCAAUAACCAGUGAAAUAUAAGCCAUAGUAUUUAACCUGAUUUGUUGAAGGGAGGAAUGAAAAGCAAGCCAGGAUUGAUCCAGUAAUUUCCAUUUUCCAUAGUGUUGGCAGGGCCCUGCCAUUUCCUUACC